AUGAGCAGCGACAGCAGCAGCAGCAACAACAACACCAAUGCUGCCGCUGUGUUCGCAUUCUACCGGUACGACCCCAGCAUGGCUGGUGCGGUCAUAUUUACCAUACUCUUCGCAAUCACGACAAUAUGGCAUGUUGCUCAGCUAUGCCGGACGCAAACAUGGUUCUUCAUUCCAUUCGUGGUAGGGGGCAUUUUCGAAAUAGUAGGUUAUAUUGGCCGUGGUCUCUCGAGUCAUGAAUCGCCCAACUGGACCCUAGGCCCCUACCUCUUGCAGACCUUAUUCCUCCUCCUGGCUCCCGCCCUCCUCGCCGCCUCAAUCUACAUGCUCCUCGGGCGGAUCAUCCUGAUCCUGGGUGCAGAGUCCCACGCCAUCCUCCGGAAGAAGUGGCUAACCAAGAUCUUCGUCACCGGAGACGUCCUCUCAUUCUUCCUCCAAGGCGCGGGAGGCGGCAUCCAAGCCAGCGGCGGCCUCUCCGGCAUGCAAACCGGCGAACACAUCAUCGUCGCCGGGCUCUUUGUGCAGAUUUUCUUCUUCGGCUUCUUCAUCGUCACAGCCGGCGCAUUCGAUCGCAAAUUGAAGAAAUACCCCAUCCCGCGGUGUCGCGAUCCGUCCAUCCCCUGGCGCAAGCACCUCAACAUCCUCUACCUCACCAGCUUUCUGAUCAUGGUGCGGUCGGUCUUCCGGUUGAUCGAGUACUUGCAAGGUAAUGAUGGGUAUUUGUUGCAUCAUGAGGUCUUUCUCUAUCUGUUCGAUGCGGUGCUGAUUUUCUCGGCGAUGGCGGUGUUCAACUUCUUUCAUCCGAGUGAGAUUACCCAUCUUCUGGGCGGUAGGGGUGAUUAUGAGUUGCAAGGUGGGGGUGAUAAAUACGGUGUGUAA